AUGUCUCCCACAAUGGUAGAACACAACAGCUUGGAUGUUAUGUGCCUGAACAAAUACUGCAACAGCUCCUCAUCGUCUUCCAGCUCAGAGAACGAAAAAACAAUUUGGACAAAACUGAAACUGAAUUUGGCAGAGGAUUACCCGAGGAAGAACGCAGAGAUUCUGAGUGGACAAUAUGGGACCAAUGUGCUGCUGAUUGGAGCGGCGCUCAUGCUGGCCCUGGCCCACCACAACCCAUCUGUCAAGGAAGAUCACCUGUUGUCUUUUCUCACCUGCCUCAUGAUACUCCAGCUCGUCUGGAUGCUGUGGUACAUGAUGGUGCGGCGCAGACAUAAGAACACACGCACAGAGAAGGAUGUCCAUGCCACCACAUGCUGGAUCAGAGGUGGUUUGACUCUUCUUGCACUCCUUUCAAUGAUCAUGGACGUGUUCCGAAUCGGAUAUUAUGUUGGAUAUCAAGGUUGUGUGUCGGCCAUUCUCGGGGUUUAUCCUGUCAUCCAUGCAAGUCAUACCAUAUCACAGGUGCACUUUCUCUGGUUUCACAUCAAGGAUGUCAUUAAAAGCUUUGAAACAUUAGAGAGAUUUGGUGUAAUCCAUGCAGUUUUUACUAACCUUCUCCUCUGGUCCAGUGGUGUGAUGUCAGAAGCCGAGCACUUCUUGAACAACCAUAAGAGAAGGCUCUCUGCGCUGGGAUAUGAAAACCUCACUAUAGUUCACAACGAGCCUCAGUGUAACUGCACCACCAGCACAUGUUCUAUGUUCUCCAACAGUCUCUACUAUCUCUAUCCCUUCAACAUUGAAUACCACAUCUUUGUCUCCGCUAUGCUUUUUGUUAUGUGGAAGAACAUUGGAAGGACAAUUGACCUUUCUUCUAAUCAGAAACGGUUGGCUACCAAAACUCAAGGUCUGACCCUAGGCCCCAUUCUGGGUCUAAUUGCCCUCGCAAGCACCAUUGGGAUUCUGGUGGUUUACAUAACACACGUAGAGGGUUCAGUUCAAACACGGCGGUCAGCAAUUUCCAUGUUCUACAUCUAUGGCAUUGUCAUGCUGGUGUUUAUGUGCUCUGCCUGUGCUUCAGGUUUGCUUAUAUAUCGAGCAGAUCACAUACCACCGGACGUUUCUAAGAACCCCUCAAGGCAGCUGGAUACAGAGCUGCUUUUUGGAUCCUCUAUUGGCUCCUGGUUCAUGUCCUGGUGCAGCAUAGUAGCUGUGCUGGGAGCCACCAGCAGUCCCCCUUACCGCUGGACCAAUUUGAUCUAUUCUCUGCUUGUUGUAUUGGAGAAGUGCAUCCAAAACCUCUUUAUCAUAGAAUCUCUCUACCGCCAGCAGGACAAUGCUGGGCGGUGUGACCCCGAAUUAGUAGCUUCGCCUGAAAUCUUCUCAGUGACUUCAUCUUUGGCCCCACCUUACAAUGGAAUCUUCAACCGAGCUUAUGACACACCGGACAGGGCUUGUGUUGCUAUGGAGAACGAGCAGGAAGAGAGUGGACAGGUGUACAAAUGUCCAGGGAAGCCAUCUGAUGUGGCAACGCCUUUUGGAAACCAAGUGGCCAAAACUCCAAACCUCAAGAGGCAAAUCCUAAAGAACAUUGCUGUCUUCCUGAUUAUGUGCAACAUCUCGCUUUGGAUCCUCCCCGCCUUUGGCUGUCGGCCGCAGUAUGAGAAUGGGCUGGAACAGGAGGCUUUUGGUUUCAGCAUAUGGACUACAACACUCAACUUUGCAGUUCCUUUAAACCUAUUCUAUCGCAUGCACUCGGUUGCUUCUCUGUUUGAGGUCUUCCGUCGUGUCUAA